AUGGAUGUAUCACCGGCGAUUGCAGAUUUUUGCCCGCUUCUCUUGCCUUUCGGCUUCUCGGCUCCUCGGGCCUAUCGUGAUUUAGAUCUUGUCCUUUUCCUCAACGGUUUCCGAUACACAGAAAAGUGCCCCAUGGUUUGGUCUCGAAGGCAAGUCCUCACUCCUCCGUUACCAGAUUUGGAGCUGUUCUCGGUGUGGGAUCUCAAUCGGAGUUGCGCUCGUUAG